AUGAAUGGAAGAUUUUCUAUUAAGAGUAUGUACCAAAAGUUGUUGGGAUCCCAUGAGAAAGUUAACUGGAGAAGGUUGAUCUGUAAUAACAAGGCUACUCCCAAAAGCUUGAUUAUUACUUGGCUUACUUUAUGGGGUAGGCUGCCUACUCUAGAUAGAUUGUUCACUUGGAAAGUUGUGAGCACAAAUGUUUGCCCUCUGUGUGCUAACUGCCCUGAGUCUGUCCAACACCUGUUCUUUGAAUGCUCUUACUCAGCUGAUAUUUGGCAGAAGGUGUUAGUAGCUCUUCAGUUCAGCAGGACCCCUAGCACUUUUGAUUUGGAGCUAAGAUGGAUGAUAUCAGUAGCAAAGAGAACUAGUGCCAGAUGCAAAUUGCUGAUGAUGUUCUUUGCUGAGUGUAUUUAUAGUAUUUGGCUGCAACGUAAUGCUAAGGUUUUCACUCAAACCUGCCUGAGCCCUGCUGAUGUCUUGAAGGAGAUCAAAUUCAGAGUUGCUUGUAAAGCUACUGAUGAUCAGAAGCAGUUACUUCUGUUUUAG